AGUCGCAAUCGUACCGUCGUCUGCUGCUGUACCGAGCACAUCCAGAACGUGUUUCGUUCACAAAUUUAUUAAAUCUUGUCGCAUGUUGAUUUGAAAUAUUUUUUUUUUUUGUUUUUACUCAUUAAACACGAAAUUAUAGUUAAUUGUUUUUGUUUGUUUUAUUUUUUCAAUUAUUAUAUAAUAUUAAUUAAAUAUUUUUUACGUUUAUUGUGUUGUGUUUUAUUAAAUUGUAAGAAUAUAAAUUAUUACAGUUGAAAUUAAUUAAAAAAAUAAUUUUAAUUUGAUAUUUAAUUGAUCAAUUGUUGGUUUUUUUAAAUAAAUAUAUUUGAUUGAAGAUUAUAGUUUGUUAUCAAAGACAUAGAAGAAAAAAAAAAAAAACGUAAAUAGUGAGAUAUAGAAAGAGGACAUGUGAAGUGAUUGAUUAGCUUUUGACAGAUAUCCACAUGCUCAAGUGAAAAGUAUCACAGUGAUAUUGUGAUUUGUCUGACGUUUUCAAACUGUCUGAUCACCGACGGCAUUUAUUAUUUUAUUUUCCACUUAAAUAUUGCAUUUUGAGUUUAUAAAUUUAAACAUGAAUUUCCAAAUUGCUGAGAAUGGAAGACAGGGUUGACAGGCUGAGGGAUAUUUGAAUGUUUCAGUGGAUUGAAAAACAAGCUUAAUGCUUACACUUAUAAAAUUAAAUUUAUGUCAAUCAAAAUGUAUCAUUGAUUAGGCAAAUUUAAUUAAUUCAUGAAGACAGUGUGAAUAUCUUUACUGGUUAUCGUGACAUAAAUUUACUAAACAAUUCUAUAAAAUUUUUGUUUUGAGUUUUUUUUUUCAUUUUUUAUUUUUGUGACGUUAUCUGUGAUUUAAUCGUGAUAGGCUUUAAGGAAGGAAAAAAAAAUCUAUCUAAAUGUUAAAGAGCUACGUAGCUUUAUUUUAUUUUUUUUGUUUAAGUGAAUCAAUAUAUGUAGAAAAAAAAAAUUAUCGUCAAUGAAUUGUGGUGUAGUAGAUUUAUCGACACUGGAAUAAAAAAAUUUUAAAAAAUAAAAUAAUAACAUAUAGAAAAAAAAAAAAAGAAUAAAAAAAACAAAAAAAAAAACAAAUUGUCAAUUCGUUCAAGAUAUUUAGCAAUCUAUGUUGUUCUAUAAGAUAACUGAUAAAAAAAAAAGUGGUACUUGACCACGGUAUUACAAAAAAAAUCACGUCUAUAGUGACGUGAAGUAAAAAUAACGAUAAACAAAAGAAAAAAAAAAAAAAAAGGAUAUUCUAUUCCUUGUGACACAUUGACGGUGUGGGCUCUUGAAGCCCGCCCAUAUAAAUUGGCCAAACUGGCGAGCGCUUUAACUGCUGGUAUGAACCCUCACCAUCCAGGUCAUACAGGUGCUUAUCCACAUCAUACAUCAUUAUCAAGUAGUCCACAUCAUCCUGGUCCUGGUGGACCACAUCACAGUGGAUAUGUAACUGGUGGUAGUGGAGGUGGAGGUGGUGGAGGUGGUGGUAGUAAUAGUGGUGGUAACAAUAGUGCUGGUAGUGGUAGUACAUCAACACCAGAUUUACCAAGUCCACAUUCACCACCAAGUCAUUCUGGUCAAACAGAUCCUGGUACACCCUAUGGUUCAUUAUCAGGAACACCUGGUAUGGGAACCAAUGGCCAUCAUCAUAGUGGUGGUAAUAUGAUGAAUGACAAUCCACAACAUUCAGUACACACACAUCCACAUUUACCUGGACAUCCGGCAUAUCCACCUGUUAAUCAUAACAACAAUUGUACAUUGAAGCGAGAACGUGGACAACCAGGACCAAUAACGAUUCAAGAAUGUGCGGGUUGUGGUCUCAAAAUUCUAGAAAGAUGGUUACUAUUUGCAGUGGAUCGUUACUGGCAUAAUAAUUGUUUAAAGUGUUCUGUAUGUCAGAUACUAUUAGCCGAUAUGGGAUCAUGUUUUUCAAAAGAUGGUCAUGUACUUUGCAGAAAUGACUACGCCAAACAUUAUGGUCAAAGUGGAGCAUGUCAUGCUUGUGGUCAACAAAUACCACCACAUGAGUAUAUAACAAAAGCGGGCAGUUAUGUUUUUCAUAUAAAGUGUUUUAGUUGUAUCAAAUGUAACACCCCACUAACGCAAGGCGACAAAUAUUGCUUGGUGGCAAAUGGUCCAGUGUGUGAACAAGACUGGAAUAAAAUGUCAAAAGCAUCAAAUGUAUCAGCGGGUGGUGCAGCAGUUGCUGUUGCUGGUAAUGGUGGUGGUCCACGUAAAAAUAAGGUUGGUCGUCCAAGAAGAAGUCGUGAAUGAGGAGGUAACCCGGUCGGUCGACCGAAGAAGGCACAACCCACGACGCAAUCAGUUGCGUCACCCGUCGCUCAAUCAUCAACGUCAAUAUCAUCAUCAUCACCAUCAUCAUCAUUACCAGGUAUUGGUGGUACAUUAUCAAAUCAAAUUGACGUUGUUGAUGUGGGAGUCGGAGGGGAUCCCUAUUCGCCGCCGCCACCGGGUCAUCAACACUAUCACAAUCCCCAUCAUCAUCAUCAUCAUCAUCAUCACCAGCAGCAGCAGCAACAGCAUCAGCAUCAUCAUCACCAUCAUCAUCCUCAGAUGGGAAUGGGCCUUAUUGGGCAUCCACUUCAACAUCCGUCACAUUUGCAACAGCAACAACAACAACCUUAUCAAGAAUGGACACAUUGGGGUGAACCCUGCGACUGAAUUAUUAUUAUUUUUUUAUUUUUUUUUGUUGGUUUAUUAUUAUUUUUUUUUAAAUCAUAAUAUACUUUAUUUUGUUGAUUAAUGAAAAGGAAAAAAAAAACAAUUAAUAAACUCAUAAUUACACAUGAAAAAUUGACAAUUAAUAUGUGCGUGUGUGUGAUUGUGUGAUUUUAAAAUAAGCCAGUGCUGCGACAAAGUGUGACGUUGAUGAUGACAAUUUUGAAGUGAUAUUCAAUUAAAAAAUAAAAGGUGCCACAAUCAAACACUGCUGAUGAGCGUGUGAUUUAUAAUACUAUUUUUAUUUUUUAUUUUUUUUUCUCUAAAACUUUACUACCAAAACUUAGUCUUGUACAUUAAAACUUAUUUGAGACCAUUGUGCAACAUUAAAGAAAAAAAAAUUAUAUAGGUAUAUAAAAUAAUUUAAAAUUUAGAUUUCAAUUCAGCUCAUUUAUUUUAAUGAGCUGAUUGAUGAAAUUUUAUUUUUUAAAUAAAGAAAGUAGUCGCAUGCGAUUGAACAACAAUUCUUGAUGCUUAAAAUUAUCCUUGCUCAAAACACGUUUGCUCAUUUUGUCCUUUUUUUUUUUUUUUUUCUUUUAUUAUUAUAAAUACUUUAUUUCAUUUGUUGCAUCUUUUUGUAAAUUUAAUUUCAUUUUAACAAAUGUAAUUUAAUAAAUUUCAAUUUUUGACUGUGAAAUUAUUCAAUUGUAUGAAUGUAAAAAUUAAUAUAAUGUCAGAUGUGGGGCCAGGUGUUUUUUUUUUUUUUUUUUAAAUUACCAAUCCAAAUUAGAUGUCAGAAAUAAAAAUUACACAAGUUGCAUAGUAAUAUAUAUUUUUCCAAUAAUAAUAUUAUUCGCAAAAAUAUUAAAGUGAGCAUGGUAGAAUAAUAAUAAAAUAAAAAAGAAAAAAAAAAAUUUAAGCACAAAAACAAAAUAUUAAAUACUAAACAAAAAAUAAAAAUAAAUAAAUAAAAGUCAAAUAAAAUAUUGAAGUGGUAAAAAAAAAAAAAAAAAAAUGAGUGGAAAAAAAGAGAAACAAGAAGUCUCAUUCAGUAAAAUGAGAAUAAUGUUGGGACUCUUAGAAAAUUAUUUUUCUUUCAAAAUCAUCGGGCCUUUCGCUUGGGUGAGCGUAAAGAGUUGACGCCUAAGUUCGUUAGGCAUCCCUUGUUUCCGCGACCGAGGCCGAGGUUAACGGUUACACUUUCAUAAAAUACCUCCUUUCCGCCCAUCGGACUUUGCCCUUCAUCAUCUCAUUCUUUUCUUCAACCCCUUGUUUCUUUAGCUAUUUUUUUAAUUCUUUUUUUUUUUAUUUUUAAUCCAUAUAAUAUAUAUAUAUUUUUUCUUUUUCUGGAAGUCGUUGUGAAGCUCAAACUCGUUUAUUUUGACCGAGAUAUAUUUACUUCUGUUAGUGAGAACCCUCACGGUUUUUAAUUUUUCGACAGUCUCGUUAUGACGCUUACCAUUUGGCCCCCUCAACGCAUAAACUCACUCGACCCACCUGUGUGUAUUUGAGUCUAAACUACAUUAUUCUUUUUCCUUUUUUUUUUUUUUUUUUUACCUUUCAUUAUUAUAUAUUGUACAACAAAACACCUCAAAGUUGCACUUUAAAGUUUAUACUUUUGUCAAGAAUAUGUAUAUAUACAUUUUUUUUUUUUUUUUUUCGUCACCCUUAUUCUGUAAGCAAUAAUGAUGGAUAUUAGAGAAAAGAAUUGUGCUUUCACGUGCGAUAAAAAAUAUGAGAAAAGAAAAUAAUAAAUAUAAAAAAGAAUAAAAAUGUUGUGAAUAAAAAAAAAAUAAAUAACACUGGACACAAUGCAAUCAGUACUUAACCAUGACUUAUUUUAUUGCUCGGAAUUUCUCGUUCUUUGUAAAUUUAUUUAAUGAGACAAUUGUAAUUCUAUUAUGAAAAAAAAAAGACUCAAGUAUAGUGAAUAAGAAGUGAUUGGAAAUCAACUUGUUGAAAGAAUAAAAAAAUGAAGUUUUAUAUUUCAAUGAAAAAAGAAAAACAGGGUCAACGAGAAUCCGCAAUAAAAAAUAAAAUUAAUGUAUAAUUAUAAUGCGUCAUGAUAUUUAAUAUCUCAGUAUCGAUGGAUUACCUUGCAGUCUUUUAAAUUAAAAACAAAAAAAUUCAAUUAAAACAGGAAAUGAUUAGCAAGUCAAUGUCAAAUCAAACCUCUUUCUAUUAA